AUGAAUACUUAAGCUAAUGAGAUUGAUCCUCUAUAGAAAGAAACUAAGAGAAGGGUUCCCUAACCAUUAUCUUAUUUAUAACUUUACAGAUUUGCUAAUCAAAUGGAUUAUAUAUGGAUAGUAGUUAGCAUAAUUGGAGCAAUAUGUAAUGGUUUGUCAAUGCCAAUCUAUUCGAUUAUUUUUGGAAACCUGACUGACUCAUUCGCAUAUGAAGAUUCAGAUACUAAGUUAAAUAAGGCAGGUCUUAAUACAAUGUAUAUAUAUUUGUCUUAAUAUAAAAGUUACAUGUUUGUUUUGGGAAUCUGCACUCUUUUGGUGACUCUAAUUAUGUAUACUACAUUUUCAAUAACAUCAGAAAAUUAAACAAAAAGAUUGAGAAGACAAUACUUAAAAUCAUUGUUGACUAAAUAAGUGAAAUGGUAUGAUGAAAUUAAUGCAAAUUCUUUAAAUACUAAAGUGAAUUCAGAAAUAUUAGCAAUAUCAGAUGCCAUAGGAGAUAAGGUUAUAACAUUUGGUUUUUCAAUUGCAACAUUUUUAAGCGGUUUUUUAGUUGGAUAUAUUAAGUAAAGCAUAUUAAUUAAUAACAAUAGAGGAUGGAAAUUAGCUUUAGUGAUUACUUCUGCUCUACCUGUUCUAGCUAUUACGAUUGCUCUUAUAGGUAUAUCAGCAUCAUGGAGAGAGUAAUUCAUUUAAAAAUCUGAUAUUGAAUCCUCAUCAUUAGUUGAAGAAGUAAAUUCUAAUUAAAUUUAUAUUAGGUAUUAAGUUCAAUUAAAACAGUUAAAACUCUUGAUGGAGAAGAUUUCGAAUUUGAUAGAUUUAGAAAGAUUAUAAUACAUUCAUCUAAAUCCAUAAUUAAAUAUGGAUUAUAUUAUGGUUUAGCAUUUGGAUCAAUGUGUGGAGUUUAACAAUUUACUUAUGCUUUAGGUAUUUUUUAUAGUGGAGUACUUGUGACUGAUUAAGUAAGAAAUUUUAAUUAAAUAUGAGAUUGACCCUAAUUAUUAAGGUCCAAUAUAUACUUCUGGGAGUAUUUGUACUAUUUUUAUAUCUGUAUUAAUGGGUAGUUUGUCAUUAGGUAAGAUUGGUCCAUGUUUAUCAUGUUUUGCAAAAGGUAAAUUAGCUGCAAUGGAAGUAUUUUAAAUAAUUGAUGAGAGUCAAGAAUAAGAGAUGAAUAAUAUUCAUACAGAUUUUGAGAAUCUUGAUGGUGAUAUCAAAAUUCAAAAUAUUUCAUUUAGUUAUCCAUCAAAACCAGAUCAUAUUGUAUUGAAGAAUAUUACAUUUGUUAUACCAGAAGGAAAGAAAAUAGCUUUAGUAGGUGAAAGUGGUUCUGGAAAAUCUACAAUUGGUUAACUUCUUUUAAAAUUUUAUGAAAUUGAAAAUGGUUAAAUUUUAGUAGGAAAAGAUGAAAUUCCUUUGAGUUAAAUUGAUACUCAUUAAUUCAGAUAGUAAAUUUCUAUUGUUUCUUAAGAACCAGCAUUAUUUAAUACUACAAUACGAGAAAAUUUAAAGUUAGGAAACUAAAAAGCUUCAGAUGAAGAAUUGAAAAUAAUAUUAAAUUUGAUGAAUUCAUCAGAAUUAAUAGAUCAUUUAGAUACAAAUGUAGGAUUUAAUGGGAAUCAAUUUAGUGGUGGUUAAAAAUAACGUAUAGCUUUGGCUAGAGCAUUACUUUAAAAUCCAAAAAUUUUAAUUUUAGAUGAAGCUACAAGUGCUUUAGAUAGAACAAAUGAAUAAUAAAUAACAAGAAUUAUUGAUGAGAAAUUCAAUAAAAUUACAAGAAUUGUUAUUGCUCAUAGAUUAUCUACUAUAUAAGAUAGUGAUAAUAUAAUUGUAUUUAAUUAAGGUGAAAUUAUAGGAUAAGGAACUCAUGAUGAAUUACUUUAAAAUUGUGAACAUUAUUCUUAUUUAAUAUCAAAAUAAUAAUAAAAAGAAGAAGCUGGAUAUGGAACACAAACAUAUUUAGAAAUAGAAACAUAAAGAAAAAUAACUGAAAAGUCAUUCAGUAAAAUAAAUAAUAAACAAGAGAAUGAUUAAUUUGAUAAAUCAAAAGUUUAGAUUUUAAAUACAUAAAAUAAUGUAAAAUAAUAGUUAGGAUAGGAAUUUAAUGAUGAAAUGAAAGUAGAAUCAAUAGAUAAUAGAUCAGAGUUAUCAUUUUUGAAAAGCAUUAAAAGUUUAAUACUUUUAAAUUAUAAAGAAUUACCAUAUCUUAUAAUUGGAUCUAUUGCAGCAUUAGCAAAUGGAUCAAUAUAUCCAAUAUUUUCAUAAAUUUUAGCAGAUGUAAUAGAUAAUUUAUUAAUUCAUAAUCCUUAAAGAGUAAAUUCAAUUUAAAAUGAAUAUGAAAGAUAAUAAUAAAUUAAUGCUCUUGAUAAUACUCUUAAAAAUAGUUCUACUAUUCUACUUAUUUUAGGAUUUAUAUAUUUUAUAACAAGUGCUUUAGAAUGUUUUUGUUUUAGUGUAUAUUCUGAACGUUUAACUAUAAGAAUGAAAAAUGAAAUCUAUUAGAAAUUUUUAAGACUUCCCAUCAGUUUUUAUGACAAUCCAAAUAAUAAUAUAGGUUUCUUAACUCCUAAAGUAACAAAUGAUACAAGAGUUGUUUAAUAAUUCUUUUAAAAUAUUAUAGGAUUUAAAUGUUAAUAUUAUUCUGCUAUCAUAGUAGGAUUUUCUUUGUCAUUUGUAUCAUCAUGGAAACUAACACUAUUGGCUGUUGGUUUGGCUCCAAUAUCAUAUAUAGGUGGAUGUUUAAGUGAAAGAUAUGUAGUAGGUUCAUAACAAUCAUUUGCCUAAAAAGUAUAUAUAAAUAGCAACAAGUUGUUGAUGGAUACAUUAACAAAUAUAAGAACAGUCUAUUCAUUAAGAGCAGAGACUUUUAUUGUUAAUUAAUAUGCCAGUUUAUUAGAAGAACCUUCUAAAUAAGUAAAGAAAUUUGGUGCUUAAAUUGGAUUCAGUUCUGGAUAUGCUUAAAUGAAACCAUUUAUUGUAAAUGGUUAUUUAUUCUUAAUGGGAACACUUUUAAAUAUAUAUGAUGAUCUUCCAAUUUUGGCUAUUUAUUAAACUAUAUUAGCCAUAAUAUUUUCAGUUGUUGGAGGAGCUAAAACUAUUUAUUUUUAAUCAGAUAAUAAUAAAACUAAGAAUUCAAUUGCCUAUUAUUUUAGUCUCUUAGAAACAUAAGAUGAAUUUUAAAGAGAAGAGAAACCUUAAAAUCCAAGAAUUAAAAAAAACAUAGUUGGAAAUAUUGAAUUUAAAAAUGUAACUUUUUUUUAUCCUCAAAGACCUAAUAUUAUUGUUUUGAAUAAUUUAAAUCUUAAAAUUGAUUCAGGACAUAAUGUUGGUUUAGUAGGAUGUUCUGGAUGUGGUAAAUCAACAAUUUUUUAACUUCUAUUUAGACUUUAUGAUGUUAAUUCUGGAGAAAUUACAUUAGAUGGUUUAUCAAUUUAUGAUUAUGAUCUUAGAUUUCUUAGAUAAUAAAUUUCAAUGGUUUCUUAAGAACCUUAACUCUUUAAUGAGUCUAUAUCAUAUAAUAUUAGAUACAAUUUAUAAAAUAUUACUCAAGAUGAUAUCAUUUAAACAUCUAAAUUAUCACAUGCUUAUGAAUUCAUCAUAAAUGAAUAAUCUGAAGAUUAAUAAAAUUCAGGUUUUAAUAAAAAGGUUGGUACUAAAGGUAGUCUAAUUUCAGGAGGUCAAAAAUAAAGGAUAGCUAUAUCUAGAGCUUUGUUGAGAAAUUCAAAAAUUUAUUUAUUUGAUGAAUCUACUAGUGCUUUAGAUUCAAAUGUAGAAUCUUUAGUAUAGUAAUAAUUGGAAGAAUGUUUAAAAGAAAAGACUUCAAUUGUAAUAGCUCACAGGAUGUCUACAAUAAAAGUAAAUAGUUAUAAUUAAUUAGAAUUGUAAAAUUAUUUAUGUAUUUGAUAAAGGUUAAAUUAUUGAGUAAGGUAAUUAUGUCCAUUUAGUUAACAUAAAAGGCCAUUUUUAUAAAUUAGAAUAAGGUCUUUUAAAUAAGGAGGAGUAAAUUACUUCUCAAUAAAUUUUAAAUUGA